GGUUCCUCUUUUCAACUAGAUGUCAUGGAUGUAGCAUCUUGCUACUUGGGACCUCAUUUCCCGGAAUGGGUUCAAACUCAGAGUAACAUAUCACAUCUUGGUCUCUCUGGUGCCGGUAUAUCAGGUCAAGUGCCGGAGUGGUUGUGGGAUUUUUCUCCUAGACUUCAAUACUUGAAUGUUUCUCAUAACCAGAUAAGUGGCAAGGUUCCAGAUUUGUCAUCAAAGUUGUCGCAUUUUCCCAUAAUAGAUAUUAGUUUCAAUAAUUUUUCAGGGUUAUUACCACUAUUUCACCCCACUUCUGCAAUAUUACAGCUAUCAAGAAACAUGCUCCGAGGAUCAAUUUCAUCAAUUUGCAGCAUCAACUAUACUAAUCUGACGUUGCUUGACCUCUCAUAUAACCAGUUCUCAGGCCCGCUUCCCAGUUGUUGGACAAGCAUGUCAAGAUUGUCCAUUCUGAACCUGGCGAACAAUCAUCUUUCUGGUGAAAUUCCACAGAGUUUAGGCCAAUCCAACUGCUUGUUCCUAUCUCUGCAGUUACAAAGCAAUAAUUUGAUGGGAGAGUUGCCAUCCAGUUUGAGGAAUUGCAAACAUUUGACAAUGCUUGAUGUUGGAGGAAACCAACUAACAGGAAAUAUUCCAGCAUGGAUAGGAGCAAACCUUGGGAUGUUGAAGCUUCUUAGUCUACGAGACAAUGAGUUUUACGGAACGAUCCCUCCCCAAAUAUGUCAUCUCACCCAAAUCCAAAUCUUUGACCUUUCUAGGAACAACAUAUCAGGAAGAAUUCCCCAAUGCUUCAACAAUUUUACCUUUCUGGUUCAACAGGACAUAUCUACUCCAAACAUGAUUCCUCAAACUGAAUUUAUAGUAAUACAUUGUGAGAAUGCAUUUGUUUAUUGGAAAGGACAGGAGAAAGAGUACAACAAAACUCUACGAUUACUUAAACUCAUUGAUCUUUCCAGCAACAGACUUGUGGGGAAUAUUCCUAAACAAUUUUCCAUGUUGAGGGGAUUAAUAUCCUUGAACCUGUCAAGAAAUCACUUGACAGGAAACAUAGACUCUGAAAUCGGGCAGAUGAAUGUGUUAGAAUCUCUGGACCUCUCCAGAAACCAGUUAUCGGGUGAGAUUCCCGUUGGCUUGGCUGAAUUGAGUUUUCUGUCGGUUUUGGACUUAUCGUUCAACAAUUUGUCAGGCAACAUUCCAUCAGGUACUCAGCUGCAAGGAUUUAACGCAUCGGUGUAUGCUGGAAAUGAUGGACUUUGCGGGCCUCCUCUAGCCGCAUGCCUUCCUCUUGAUGGCCCUUCCUCGGCCACUGGCAUCAAAUUUGAUACCGAUUUUUACAUUUCUACGGUACUUGGCUUUGUUGUUGGUUUCUGGGGAUUCAUUGUCAGUUUGGUACUAAACAACUCAUGGAGAAAAACUUAUUUUGACUUCUGGAACAAAAUCUGGGACUGGACAACCUCGACCACAAAUGCAAGAAGAUUAAGAUGUGAAGGUUUUAUAAUUAAGUGGCAGAGGUAGUAAGUUUAUAUUUGUAUCAUCAUCCU